AUGUCUGCUGGCACAAACUCUCUAAAGCUGCUACUUCGGAAUGUUAAAGGAGAGCUCUCAAGGCAUCUCCUGUCGAUAGUAUUCAAAAUGUUAGUUUCUUGGAGGCAAAAGUGCUUGCUCUUUACUCUUCUUGCUUUCAUUGUUCUUUCAUCAGAAGCAUCAAGAUUGCCUAAGGCUUACUGGGAAGAAAUGUUGCCCAAGAAGCUGCCUGCUCCUUCCUCAUCUCCCUCUAAAGGCACCAAUUCAGUCUCCAAAUCAUCUUCUACAAUGGUGACAGCGGAUAGUAGUCCUUCUCCAUCGGAUGGAAAAGUCUAG